CGGUUUAUAUUUUAUUAAAAUUUCGUGGUAGUCGUUGAGCAGUGGUCUUUUUGAACAGUUGUGCUACUAUACGGACUGCAAGGACUCUAACGGUGAAAAAAAAUGUCCAAGCAGCCAAAACUCCCUUCCACCAAAGGAUUACUGACGGCGUUCGAGAACGCCAACGCAAGCCUGCUGGCUACGGCCCUUAUAUCGGUUCCUCUGGGCAGCGCCAAAACCGAACUACCCCACGAUUCCGACGAGGACCUUUCCGAUUUUUCCUCCAACGAAAGUGACGGCCUCGAGGACGACUCACCACCUAUCUCCGACGAGAAAAAAAAGGAAGAACCUCCGACGUGUCACAAAGCGGGGGGCUCGUCUUCGCUGGCGGUCGUUCCGGCUCUACCGCCGGUGCUGAAUCUGGCCGGAACCAAGCUGGGCAUCGGCGGUGGCACCGUCGUCCGGAAGAUGUUCACCAACACCCGCGAGCGAUGGCGCCAGCAGAACGUGUCCGGAGCGUUUGCCGAACUCCGCAAGCUGGUCCCGACCCAUCCGCCGGACAAGAAGCUGUCCAAGAACGAGAUUCUCCGAAUGGCCAUCAGGUACAUCCGGCUGCUGAGUAACGUCCUGGAGUGGCAGAAGAAGCAGGAAGUGCUGGAGCAAUCUGGCGCACCGGAAAGACCGUCGGAAUCGCUGGCCAAGCCAAACGGAUUCCACGGAAAACCUCCAACUCAAUACCACCGUGGGAAUAAUGAAAAUCACUUUACCGGGAACUUCCGUGAUAACGGGAACAACCUUCUUAUGGUCGUUCCGAAACCCUUCAGCAAACUUCACUUCCCACAAAAAUGCUCAUCGGAACUGGCCGGACCAGGUUACCGUCCGAUCAAAACGGAAUCCUUCCUAAAUCUGGAACCGACGACCAUCGAGCGGAUCAAACUGGUCAGCAAGCUGUGUCCGACUGGGCGGAUUGGCAAAACCGGAAGCAGCUUGAGGAAUCGUCGGAAGGCCAACCCGUUGUGUGCCAUCGGCGAUGGGGGGUUGAAGGGAGAACUGGCCGGAAUCAAUGGCGUGACGACGGUUGAAUGUGAGAUCAAGCGGGAAGUUAAUUCGUCGUGCAGUAAUGAGUUUCCGCCGGAAAUGGACGUUCAAGGCGUCAAGUUUGAACCGACGGCAGGUGGAAAGAAAAGAGCGUCUGAAAGGGGCGAACGGUUUGAAGAUGAGAAGAAAUCAAAGUAUUAGAAUAAAAGUGUCGUAAACGUUGUAAUCUGGUAUCGUGAACAUAAUUGAAUUGAUCAUUACAUGGAAUAUCUGCACGGGAGACAAUAAAUCGCUACUAAAUAAAAAAAA